AUGAGUGCGGAAGAGCAUUUAGCAAAGGGCAUUAAGUGUCACGAAGAAGGCUCUGUAAAAGAAUCUACCUAUCACCUGCGAUUUGCUGCGCGUGCCGGUGACCCAACUGGUAUGCUGCUGUAUGCGUUAGCUUGCAGACACGGAUGGGGUAUGCGAGCGAACCAACGAGAAGGUGUCGAGUGGCUACGGAAGGCUGCCGAUGUUGUGAGCGCCGAAAUUGCGGAAGACGAGGAUCACGCCAAGGAGGGUAAAACAGUAGAUUUUAUGGAUCAUAAAACCCGCAAGGCCCAAUUUGCGCUAAGCAUCUACGAGUUGGGUGUCAGCCAUAUGAAUGGUUGGGGAAUCGAGCAGGAUAAAGCACUCGCUUUGAGGUGCUUCGAGAUUGCCGGCAGUUGGGGUGAUGUUGAUGCUCUUGCCGAGGCCGGCUUCUGUUAUGCUAAAGGCGUAGGCUGCAAGAAAGACCUUAAGAAAAGCGCCAAGUUUUACCGUAUGGCGGAGGCGAAGGGCAUGAGUAUGCCAGGAAAUAGCUGGAUACACAAGGCGAAAUAUAGCGAUGAUGUUGGCAGUCCGAAAUCGAAGCGCGGCCGAAGCAAGUCAAAAAGUCGGGCGAUUUUCGGCAAAAAGACAUAA